AUGUCAGUGCGUGGGAUGCUUGAAAUCUCACACGAAAUCUGCCAAAGCAUCUCAUUCCGAAGCUCGGCCAGAAGGCUCGAGCGUCAAUACGCACUCGCAUUCCUCCUCGCUCUCGCCAGACUCUAGCACAUCAACAUCCAGCUCUAGCAAGUCUGUGCGCACGCCGAGCGAGCGCUCGCCCGAUGCCGCUCUCGGCGGUGCGCCUUCUUCCAGCGCUGCUCAGCAGGAUGAUGCGAGAGCAGCGCAAAAGCAGGAUGAUUGCAAGAGGUGCGAAACGUGUCAUGGAUGCAUACAUGGACUUUUGGCACCUAGAACAGGAAUCGAGGUCGUCGAUCUCUGGAUGAGCGCUGCUUCUGCAAACAACCGAGGCUUGGCUGGAUGA